GCAUCGUAUCCAUGCGACGUCAUUAUUUACGUUCCGGUUUUGAACCGAUGAGAAGAUAAUCGUGUAAGGUAUUGUUAAACAAUGUUGAUACCCAAUCCUCUUGUGUUUAAAGAAUUGGAAUGCAUUGUUAGACAUUUGAGAAGGAGAUGGCUUUACUUAUGAAUGUGACACGGUAAACAGAAUAUAGAGAUGACACCAAGAUGGACAUUUAAUGCAGUUUGUGUGAUGGACUUGAACAUUGAAAGUGAUUUAUUAUUUUAGAUUAAGAAAUCUGAAAUAAAAGUGAAAAAUGCCAGCAGCAAGUAGAAGCAAUCCCUGGAGAAUCCAACCAAAGCCAGUUCCUGUUCCUUAUGGUAAAAAUGCUAAGAUUGCAGCAAGGAGCUUGGCAACUUACAAAACACAGGUUCCCUCUCCAAAAGAAGCCAGAGAAGAAAAGUACAGACGUCGUCAGUCUCAGCUAACUUCUCAGGGUUACUUUGCUGCUCCAAAUGUGCCAUACAAAGGAUUGGGGGAUCCUUUCUAUUUGGAUGAGCAGAGGAUGAUUCUUCAUGCACUAGGACAGUGGGAUAGUAAAUAUGAUGAAGAGACUAGCAGUAGCAGUGAUGAAGAUGAAUAUGACAUCUCAGCUGAACUCCAGCAACAAAAGAAACAGGUUUCAGCAGCUUCCUUUGUUCUCAGGAGGUCUAAAAAAGACAUGAACACACUACAAAGGGAGGUCAUCCAUGGACGGAACAUGAUUCGAAAUGUUAAGCUUGGACAUGGAUUAUUUGAUCUUAUAAAAUCGGAACAAGCUGCUAAGCAACAAUCAGAAAAUGAAAUGAACAAAAAGAAGGCAGAGCAGAUGAAAAGUGAGUGGCAACCCCCAAAACUGGAUUCUUCCUCAGAGGAGUCAGAGGAGGAGUUUGAGGAAGAUGUGGAGUUAUCCAGCUUCAUGAAACACACAGAGAUUAGAGAACUGACAGACGAGGAGGAUCAAAAGUCUGACCCUGAAUCCCCUGACCCCCGGGGAAGGGUGUCCUUCCAUCGUCAUAGGGAGGAGGAUGAGGAUACUGACUUGGGAAUUUCUCGUUCUCUUGCUACCACCCCCAGAUCUCCCGGAAGGAGGAAAAAAAUCAAGGCUCCUCGUCCAUAUACCCCCCAACACACUAAUAUCAUGGAAACCAAAGAAAACAUAGCAAAAGAUGCAUUUUUUCGGCAACUUUGUGCUUUGCAUUGGCUUCUGGAGGCAAUGGCUCUACAUGCCAGAACAGGGGGAGAUAACUCUAUCACUAUGUCUCCCAUUACAUCUAGCUGGAAGUUAAAUGAAAUUGGAGGCACCAAAACUUUUCCAAGAGAACAUGAGGGAAUGACAUGGAAAGAAUUGGUCAACCUGGAAAUAUCACCCAAAGUACCAACCAUCAAGAGGAAAAGCACAAGAGUAACAAACAUGAAAAGGCAGCCAGGAAGCCACCGAAAUAGUGUGUUCUCGAACUUUCUGGGAAUGGCUAAUGUAUCAGGGUCAACUAACCUACGAGUUAGCAGUUCCCUAGACAACAGUGUGGAUGAGAGUAUGGGAUCCACGUCUAAAGUGGAUGGUAAAGAAAAGGAGGAAGAGGAUGAUGGGAAAUAUGUCAGUAUAUUUAAAUAUCUAAAUGAAGACAUCUCCACCAAACUGUAUGAGGAUGAUGAAACUCAGGAACCUGUUCACCCUGUCAAAAUCAGGAAGGAACGCAAAAAAGAGAAAAGAGGUAAAGACGGAGAACAUUCUCCAAAGAAAUCACCAAGAAAGUCAGCUGACCCAGGGGGUGAACGUGGGAGAUCUGCUGAGAGAGGACGCUCAGCAAGUAAUCAGCGUGAGUCAUCUCGAUCAAAUCGAGCCGACUCUGCUGUGAUACGCCCCAAAAGUUCUCCACAGCUGGUUGAGUUUCAGAACAACAGGGCCAGCUGUAAAUACCAGAAUGUUGUCAAUGAGAUGCACCAGAAAUUUCAGGAGAGGAAGGAGGAUGCAGCCUUACAACUUCACGAACAGCUAGAGCAGUUAGAAAAACAAAGAUUUGCAGUUUGUCAGAACAAGUUUCUGGCUAUUAACUCCCAGCUGAAGGGUAGCAGCUUCCACAGAGCAGUGCAAGAAAUGAGAGACAGGAGCAACCGAAUGUUCACCCGACCAAAUCAAGAGCUGCUUAAAAAGAAACAAGAAGAGGGAUCAAAGGGAAAUUGGUAUGCAGAUCUUGUAGCCAAUUCUCCUGACGAAAUUAAGGAUGAAUGGUACUACAAAGUGAUAAUGAAGAAAUUGGCCAGAUAUGGACUGAUUGAGGGAGCUGGUCAACAAUUGAGCAAGAGAACAUUCUUUAAAGUGCUAGAGAGACUGCGUGAGUGGGAGAUCUGUAGCCCCGACAUCUGUGCUGCCAUAGAAUUCUGUCGAGAGAAAAUCGUGGAGAUGAGUGUAGAGGACUUUGAGGAAUGGUUCUCUCAGCAAUUUCCCAAGAUCCAGCGUCCACAGACGGCACCAGUGGGGAAGAAAAAGAACAGAGAGGGGGAUAAUCUACAAGUAGCCCUCAAGGAGCGCUUCCCCAGCGCCUAUACAAACCGUGCCAAAAGUGGAUUUCAGCCCCGAGGACAGAGAAGUAAGAGCGGCUAUGCCUCUUUUGGGCGGCCAUUAUCCACAUCCACUACUGUAACUGUGGCCAACCCUGGGGUUAUAGUCAGACCUAUGUCUAUGAGAUAGGCUGAACUAUCUAUCUGCCAAACAGAACAUAUCUCUCAGUUUUUCAUAGCUUUAUAACAAGUACUUUUUGAACAUAGCUUUAAAGAAAUGGUAGGGUAGCCAUUUCUUUGACUAUAAUUGGAAUCUUAUCUGUGUCUGCUAUUGUUUUUUAUAUAUAUAUAUAUAUUUAUUGAUGUCUUAAAUUACCACACAUCUGUGAUAGUGUCAUUUAACUGUGAUUCUAGCUUCAUGACAUUUUGCUCAAUUCUGCUUCCUGAGAUCGCAUUUUAAAUAUGGUUGUGAUAUCUAUCAGCAUUCCUACAUGUAAUGCCGUUCUAUACAACAGCUUUACAUAAUUUACAAUUGUAUUCUGAUAAUACUUUUUAUCAACUUAUAUGCUUUUUUGCAUUGUCUCUAAGCUUUAAAGAUGACAGGAAAAUUGAAAUGUUAUCGAAUUAAUGUUGUUAUUGAUUUGUCUUUGACAAAUUUAUCCUGCACUGUCUCAUUAUUUUAAAUCUCGGUAACAUAUAGAUGUCUUACAGGGUAAUUAUAAAGUAAACUGUGUCCAAAAUGGGGCAUGUAUAAAAUUCUUCCAUUUUGUGCUUAUUUUCAAAAAGGAAAUGUACCAGCUUUAAUAACGAAAUAUAUACAAAUGCAUGGGAAUUUUGUAUUAAAUGCUGAAAAUUAUUCUUAGAUGUAACUAUGUUCAAUAUUGUUAUUUAAUUUUAAGUUUUUCAGACAUAUUAAUAAUGUUGUAAAUGUAAGCGGUAUUUGUUAGUUAAUUGGUAGAUCGAGGAACAUAUAACA